AGAUCGCACGUAGAUGCAUGGAAUGACCGACCAUCUCGAUUGGUUCGAGGAGAUAAUUACACCGGUCAUAGCUUUGGUACGUACAUGAAUUGGUACAGGCGUAUCUCCAUAUUACGCCUAACGAACACCACAUUUGCGCAGCCAGGAUCACAUUACCAUCCGACAUCUACGUUACUGGCUGAGCGCAUUCGAUCGGUGCUCAUACAAUGCAAUGACACGAUUCACGGGGCCGCUACAUCGCCAGUUGAUGUGGGGUAUCGGCUAUGUUCUCAGACCCUUGGCUCCAUUAACGCGUCAUUGACCAAUGCAUUGAGUCAGGCGGGGUAUGAGUACCUCAUUCCGACUCCACCCAUCAUUGGCGACGUAGAUGACACAUUCCACACUCCUUCUCCACGGAGUUCGGCCCACCGAGGUAGCUCUUCCGGAGGAUCAAGUACUCAGUCCACAAGAGGUCGCGAGCGUUCAUCUACUCGAGGUUGGUCUUCCAGAUCCCCAUCGACAUCCAGUGCUAUGUCGCCAUUCGUUCCUCCAGCUUCCAUGACCACUCCUCCUCCACAUCCAUCGCCUCCGUAAAGGAUCAUCACAUAUCAACGUGCUAGUCAACGACGAGCUCCUGCUGUUAAUGUCAUUGCAGAGGUUGACGAGUAUACACCAUCAUCAUCCACCGGUG